AUGAAAGUACAUCAGGGAAUAUUUGAAAAUGUAAAUGCUACAUGUGGUUGUAAAUAUUGCUAAUUGUUAUAGUAAAAGUUAAGGUUUUUAAACAGCAUUAAUGCCUGAAGCUACUUUAUCUGCAUUGAAGGAAUCUUCCCUCUCCGCCCCCCCCCCCCACACACACACCCCCCCCCCGGUUCUUUUUCAUCAUUAGUUGGUUCCUUAACAUUUGGAAACCACGCAGAAUCCUGACUUGUAUUGCAGGCUUCCAUUUUUAAGUAUCUUGCAGGAUUUAUCUUUAUUAAAAUUACUCUUCCCUCAGCCUUUCUGUCAAUCUAGGAAGUAUCUAUCCAAAGUGUUCUCAGGUAUUCAGUUGAUACUCUUACCAAACCAGCGAAUCUUAACGGUAAUUCUUCCUCCUCAGUCUAACAUUUUUUCCUACUAGCUAGCUAGCAGGAUUUACCUUAAUGAGUCUUCCACCUCUCUGUCAUAGUAACUUAAGUGCUCAUUUCCAGUCUUUCCUUGUUAAAAUAAGUUUUCAUUAUCUAAAAUAUUCUGCAGUGUAACACAUCGUAGAGGUUAGAUUAGUUUGGGUUUAAGGGAAUCUGAUUUAUGUUCCUCAAGCGUGUAUUAAUAGAAAGGUGGUUAAACACAAAGGGCCCAUAAUAGCAAUGUGCAGUGUAAAAAAAGGAAAAUUAUAGUCAAUGGCAAAUAGGGAAUGUUAAUAUGAAGUGAUGAUUUGUAAAAAUUAUUUAGCUCAACAUAAUUUAUAGUACAUUUGCAUCAAAUUUGUAAUAACAUCUACAAGCAUCCUCGUUUUUUAAUUGUUCAUAAGAUGAUCUACUCAAAAAGGAAAGUAGAAACACUAAAAAUAACUGAGCUUGGUACUCUUUAACUACUAAUGUAACUGCUCAAGGUUGCUAUGAAGUUAGAAAACAUUACAUUAGAGACAGUAGUGUCAUAAUUAGUGAGUUAGUGAAGUUCUAGAUGAGAAUUCUGUCAUUGCUGCAAUUAUGGCUUCAGGAAAAGACACUUGUCCAUCUUUACCUAAACUCACCAAUAGCUGCUCUGAUGAGAGUUCAUACAAGGCUCCUUAUAAGUAUACUGAUGUUCAUUUGCCACGGUUUUCAUUAAAGCAAGGGAUGAUUCCAAGAUACUAUGUUAUGCCUUGGAAGGAAAGCAUGAAAUUCAGGAAUGUGAAUAUGAAGCAUGCAGAAGCGUGUGGGAUAUACACUGGCCCUUUAGAAGACUCUCUGUUUCUGAAUCACAGUGAAAGGCUUUGCCAUGGGGAAGAUCGUAAGGUGGUCUUGAGGAAAGGCCCACCAGAAAUAAAAGUUGCAGAUAUGCCUUUGCAUUCUCCCCUCUCCAGAUACCAAAGCACUGUGAUUUCCCAUGGCUUCAGAAGACGACUGGUCUGAUGAAACAAAAAUAAAGUAAUAAAGUGUUUCAAUGUGUGUGUGUCUCUCUCUCCCUCUCUCUUCUCCUCUCCCAUCUACCUCCUCUCUUUCCGGUAGAUAUUUAAGUCCAUUAUACAUUUGCAUUUCAUCUACAGGUUGAGUUUGUUAACAGUGUCUUAGCCUGGGUUCACUAGAGGAGCAAAACCAGUGAAGUAUAUAAAAAUACGUGUAGAGAGAAAUUUACUUCAAGGGAAUGGCUGACACAAUUGUGGGAUCUGGAAAGUCCAAAAUCUGCAGGUCAGGAGGCAGGCUGGUGGCCUCUGCUGGCUCACGGGGUUACGGGGGUUGGCAAAUCCAAAAUCUGCAGGCCAGGCUACAGGCCUGAGACUUCUGCAGGCUUAUGUCCCAAGAACCGAAAGUCAGGCAACAAGCAGAGUGCAGGGUUGAGCUCUUGCCAGAACUUCCAUUUAUAUACUGGAGCAGGCCACACCCCAGUCUUAGGCUCGGUACUCCAAAGAAAAAAAACCAGUUAAAUGUAUAUAUAUAUAUAGAGAGAGAGAGAGAUACCAAGGAAAUGGCUCACGUGGCUGUAGAGGCUAGAAAGUCCAUGGGUCAGGCUGAAGGCUUCUCCUGACCUGUGUAACUGCGGGGGCUGUCGAAUCCAAGAUAGGCAGGUCAGACAGCAGGGCUCUGGCUCACAGGCUAUGGAAGCUGACUAAUCUCAAGAUUGACAGGUAAGCUGCUAGCUCAAGUCCCAAGAACCAGCUGUCAGAUGAGGAUCCAGAGCAAGCAAAAGCUGGUGAGCUUUGCCAGAGAGUCCACAUAUACUGGAUGCAGGCCACACCCCAAGGGAACUCCCUUUUAACUGAUUGACUCCUCAUAGAUCUUAUCAUAGAGGUAAUUACGUUAUAUCAGAUCUCAUUAUGGAGGUGAUUACAUCAUUACAUAGCUGCCAAACUACAUCAUUACUGCCAAACCACUGAGAAUUAUGGCCCAGCCAAGUUGACACACACAACCUUAACCAUGAAACUUACCCUUUCAACUGACUGGCUGCUCACAUCAAGUCACAAAAUGGAAGAUGAUUACAUUGUGUCUGCCAAAUCAUGGAGAGUCACAGCCUAGUCAAAUUGACAUAACAUUAACCAUCACAAAAGGCUAUAAACCAAUUGCAUAGUUUGUAGAUAAAAGCUUUAGAAAGGAAAUAGGCUCUGAAAACAGCUGAGAUGAAGUGGGGGAGUGAGAAAAACUGCCUCACCUUUUGCUGACAUUGAUUUCACAUCACAUAAUUAAAAGCAGACUGGCCCAAUCCCACCCUCUUCCCUCACUACUACCUUUCUUUCCUCCUCAUCCCAUUUAUGAUGGUUAUUCCCUCCAAAAUAGUUUCAGAUGAGACACACUGGAAUGUCAGAGUUUCAGGGUAUAGAAAUUAUUUUUGUUACUUUUCUGACUGCCCCCAACACUUUUCUGGCCUUACCCCACCAACUCACACACCCACCAGUGUACUCUGGACACUGGUAACUAUUCAACAUGGUAAUUAGAAGUGUUCGGCAGACAAUUCCAUGACAUAGUUUAGCUAAGGGAGAUGUACUUUUGUGUUGGUUCCAUGUAUCCAAAUAAUCAAUUUGCUAGAGGAAUUUUUUCACAUAAUUUAACAGCUAAAGAAUUACCAUAGCAGAUCCAAGCCAUGCUUCAUCCAGCCAACUGCUUAUAUCUGGCAAUAGCACCAAAGAAACUAUUAUACAAAGAUACAGAUGUCCCUCUAACAUCAAAUUAAAACAGAAAAAACUAAAUAAAUACAUGUGGUGUUGGUCUCUAUCAAGUCAAAUACAUAUAUACAGGGUAAUUAAAAGAACACAAAAUUUUUUUCUCAGUAAAUAGUUUACAUAUGAAUAUGUAAUCAAAAUUUAUAAAUGUUUAAAGAAACAGUACAGUUAUUUAUUCAAUGUUACGAAUGUUCAGUAUGCCCCCUUCAUAUUGCACAAAAACCAAACCCAGUGCCAUCGAGUCGAUUCCGACUCAUAGUGACCUUAUAUGACAGGGUAGAACUGCUCCAUAGAGUUUCCAAGGAGCACCUGGUGGAUUCGAACUGCCAACCCUUUGGUUAGCAGCUGUAGCACUUAACCACUACGCCACCAGGGCUUCCUUCAUAUUGCACAGUACAUAGCAAUUCUCUUGUCUAAUACACACCAGGCCCUUUGUAGCGUAUCGUAGUGUGAUGGAUUGCUUUUGUGUGACCUUUUUGUGUCUUGUAACUCCCACCCAAGUGAUUGGGUAAGGCCAUGCAAAAAAGAUCUAUGGAGCCCUAAUGAAAGGACGGGUCAGUUUUGCCAUCUCACUAGGCUUAAAAUGAGCCAUUCCCAGAGGCGAAAGGAGAGGAUCUCACCACUACCAAGGAAGAAGGACCAAGAGUGGAGCCCAGGAUCCCUGAGCUGAGAAACUCCCAGAAUCAGGAGACAGCACACUGUAAAACUGAAGACAGCGAGAAGCAGUGGCAGAGAAACAGCGGCAGGAGAGACCAGCAAGAGACCGCACAGUGGGCUUCUCAGCCCACAGAGAGAAAGCUGAGUGCCUUUGGGCAGGCAGGAGGCUUGCUGGAAGAGUCGAGUGCCUUUGGGCACUUGGUGGAGCUAGGUUUGCUGACCCACCGAGCUAGAGCUGAGUGCCUUUGGGCCAAGUCUUACUGGUGGAGUGUUGUGUCUUUGGGCACCCCAAAGUGUUACAAAGCACCUAAAAGAGCUUUGUAACACUUGCCCAAGCAGGGCCAGAGGCUGAGGGGCCAAAGAGAGGCACACCUGCAGACACAGUUGAGAAAAGGCUGUCCUGAUGGAAGAACUGUAUCCUGAGCAUUCCUGAACCUGGACAGUAACCUAUUAACGAAAAAAACCAAACCCCUUGCCCUUGAGCCGAUUCCGACUUCCAGUGACCCUAUAGGACUGGGUAGAAGUGCCCCAUAGAGUAUCCAGGAGCUGCUCUUGGAUUGGAACAGCCGACAUUUUGGUUAGCAGCUAAGCUCUUAACCACUGUGCCACCAAGGCUGCAAGUUACUUCCCUAAUAAACUCCAUAAUCAUGAGUAUUGUCUGGGAGUUCUGUGCAGCCAUUGCAGUGAAUUAUUGAACCCAGGAGAGAAGUGGAGAGUGCCACGGGAGGGGCGGUUGGUGUCAGAAUUAGUAAAGAGGUGGAGGGAGGAGGAACGUCUGACUUCUGCCUCAUUGGAAUUAGCUUUGGCUGUUGAUUUUCCUUCCCCCUUGUGAAGUUUUUUUUUUUUUGUGAAGUUAGAGGUCAGAUGCCACCACCACACCAUUUUUACACAUAACAUCAAAAAUACUUGAAAUUGCAGCCUUAGAGGAGAUGUAGUGCAAAUUUGAGAUUCUUGGCAUAUCCUCACUGAAAAAUAGAUUAUUAAAUACAUUUUUGAAAGCGUUAGGCCAUUUUAAAUUAUCCUGUAUAUAUGUAUGUAUGUUGUGAAGAAUAGGAAGCACCAGUACAAGGGAGAGUUGCCUGGUGGACAAGGGAUGCCAUAAUACUUUUGCUGAUGGACUUUCUGAAAGGCUUCUUAGACCUCUGAAACAAACCAACCAAAAACCAGACCCAGUGCCAUCAAGUCGAUUCCGACUCAUAGUCACCCUAUACAGAGUAGAACUGCCCCAUAGAGUUUCCGAGGAGCGCCUGGUGGUUUCGAACUGCUGACCCUUUGGUUAGCAGCUGUAGCACUUAGCCACCACGCCACCAGAGUUUCCAGACCUCUGAAAUAGGCUUCCUUUAUUAGACAUAAAUAUUUUUAUUUAUUAAAAGUCUGUCCUUUGGGGAGGAUUAAUAGCCUUAUACCUUUAAAAAAAAAUAAAAACAGCCUUAUUGAGAUAUAAUUCACCGAACAAUUCACCUAUUUAAAGUGUACGAUUCAGUGGUUUUUAGUAUAUUCACAGCUAUGUGCAGCCAUCACAAAUUUUAGAACAUUUUUAUACCUCAAAAAGAAACCUAUACCCUUUAGCUAUCACCCCCAACCCUCUACCACCUCUAACUUUAAGUAACCACUAAUCUACUUUCUAAGUCUAUAGAUUUGCCUAUUUUGCACAUUUCAUGUAAAUGGAAUCAUAUAAUAUGUUGUCUUUUGUGUCUGGAUUCUUUCACUUAGCAUGUUUUCAAGGUUCAUCCAUGUUGUACCAUGUAUCAAUACUUUAUUCUUUUUUAUGGUCAAAUAAUAUUCCACUGUAUAGAUAUAUCACAUUGUUCAUUCAUUCAUCAGUUAACAUUUGGGUUGUUUCUACCUUUCAGAUAUUAUAAUACUGCUAUAAACAUUCAGGGAACCCUGGCCGCAUAGUGGUUAAGAGCUACAGCUGCUAACUAAAAGGUUGGCAGUUUGAAUCCACCAGGUGCUCCUUGGAAACCCUAUGUGGCAGUUCUCUGUCCUGUAGGGCUUCUACGAGUUGGAAUCGACUUGAUGGCAACAGGUUUGGUUUCUUGGUUUAUAAACAUUUGUGUGCAAGUGUUUGUGUGGAUAUAUAUUUUCAUUGCUCUUGGAUAUAUACCUAGGAAUGGAAUUGUUUUACUUCUUCCUUUCCAAUCCGGAUGCUUUUUAUUUCUUUUCUUUUUUGCCUAAUUGUCUGGAUUAGACCUUCCAGCACAAUACUGAAUAGGGGUGGUGAGAGCUAUGGGUUUUUCAGAGACCUUUAUCAGGCUGAGGAUGUUCCCUUCUAGUCCUAGUGUGUUAAAUGUUUGUAUGAUGAGGGGUAUUGAAUUUUGUCACAGGAUUUUUCUGUAUCUAUUGAGAUCAUCAUGUGAUUUUUCUUUUUUAUUAUUUUAGUAUAGUGUGUUACACUAAUCGAUUUUUUGAUAUUAAACCAACUUUGCAUACCUGAGAUAAAUCCCACUUGGUUGAUGUAUAGUUCUUUUUACACACUGCUGGAUUUAGUUUGCUAGUGUUUUUUUGAGGAUUUUGUAUCCAUAGUCAUAAGUUAUUUGUCUGUAGCUUUUUUGUGAUGUCUUUAUCUGGCUUUGGUACCAGGGUAAUACUAACAUCAUUAAAUGAGUUAGAAAAUGUUUUCUCCUCUUCUGCUUUUUUUAAGAGCUUGAGAAAAAUUAGUAUUAAUUCUUCUAUACAUGUUUGAUGCAACUAACUAGUGAAGCCAUCUGGGCCUGCUCUUUUCUUUAUUAGUAGUUUUUUGAUUACUAAUUGAAUCUCUUUACUUAUUAUAGGCCUGUUCAGAUUGUCAGA